AUGUCUAGUAACGAGAUGGAAUACACCCGCCUUGGCAACUCGGGCCUGAAAAUCUCCAAAAUCAUCCUGGGUACCAUGUCCUAUGGCAGCAAGCAAUGGCAGGACUGGGUCUUAGAUGAGGAAGAGUCAGUGAAGCUGAUUGAGCACGCUUACAAGCGUGGUAUCAACACCUGGGAUACGGCGGAUGUUUACUCCCACGGUCGCUCCGAGGAAGUCGUCGGCAAGGCCUUGAAGCAGCUCAACGUCCCACGCAACCGCGUCGUCAUCUUGACGAAGUGCUUCUUUGGCGUCGAUGACCAGGGCCAGUUCCCGCCCAUCUGGGCGUCGACGCGGAAUGACGGUGACUUCGUCAACCGUGUUGGCCUGUCUCGCAAGCACAUCUUCGAUGCUGUUGAUGCUAGCGUCCAGCGCCUGGGCACAUACAUUGAUGUGCUCCAGAUCCAUCGUCUGGACCGUGAAACUCCUCGCGAGGAGAUAAUGAAGGCUCUGAACGACGUCAUUGAGAGUGGCAAGGUGCGCUACAUUGGCGCUAGCUCGAUGGCGGCCUGGGAGUUCCAGACUCUCCAGAACAUCGCCUCGCGCAAUGGCUGGCACCAGUUCAUCAGCAUGCAGAACUACCACAACCUGAUCGCGCGCGAGGAGGAGCGCGAGAUGAUCCCUUAUUGUCUCGACAGUGGGGUCGGACUCAUCCCUUGGUCCCCGAUGGCCCGUGGCGUACUGGCGCGACCGUGGGACUCUCGCUCCACCGUACGCGAGAACACCGAUGGGGCCAUCAAGAUGCUUGUUCGCAACCGAGAGACCGAAGCGGACAAAGCCAUUGUGGACCGCGUGGAGGAGCUGGCUGGCAAGAAGGGGGUGAGCAUGGCGCAGAUCGCCUUAGCCUGGUCCCUGAGUCACCAGAAUGAGUGCCCCAUCGUCGGCCUGAACAGCGCUACGCGUAUUGACGAGGCGGUUGCCAGUCUGAAGGUUAAGUUGAGCCCCGAGGAGAUCCAGUAUCUGGAGGAGCCGUAUAUCCCCAAGACCAUCGCUGCAAUUGAACGGUAA